UAUGCUUUUCGACUUGUUGUGUUUUCUGUUACUCCAAUCGCCAUCUUGUUGCCAGUGAAGUAAUGUGUUUCUGAUGAAUUUCGGGAGCGCCCUGGAUGUCUUAUGACUGUCUUUGGAAGCCAGUGGAUUAUAUUGUGAUUUAACCCACCACAUAUAUCCGUACCGGGGGCUUGCACACAUUUUAACGGGAACGUAUUGUAUCGGUGUUGAAAAUGAGUAUCGAUACUCUAUUGGAAGCGGCCAGGUAUUUGGAGUGGCAAGCCCAGCAACAACAGAUUACACGUGAGGAGGAGGAGCGGCGGCGAGAGAAGGCCUUGCUGACCCGUGAGGUGGAGCAGAAGCUCUCCGCCCCAAUUAUCCAGUCUGUCCAAGUUAACCAUGUGACCUGGGCCGACAACAUGCGGCUCGAGCCACACUGCCACCACCAGCACCACCCGCCGGUCCCGCCCCCUCCCCUCCCACCACCUGUUCCCAUAGCUGUCAUUCCUAUCCCAGUGGUCCCUGCCAACCCUGCGGCCCCUCCCAUUCAAUCCGCGUCGUCCCUUCACACAGUCUCCCCUAUGCCAGUGGUCACAUCCUUGACCACAGCCCUGUGCCCACCAGCAGUCCCCCUCCUCAGCCCCAAUGGCAAGGAUGCCCUCUCCCCUCCACAGCAGCAACACCAUCACUUGAUCGCACAUGUGAAAGCAGAAGCUAACAGCUUGCCCCUGUCGAAUAACAGUCCCAAGCAGCAACCGCAGCCGCAGACACAACAGACACAGGCACUUUUGCAACCGUAUCAAGCCCCCAUCAUCACAGCCCAGCCUUCACCACAUCAACACACCCUCCUGCCCCAGCCAGCUCUACCCCAACCUCAGCCCACACCGGCCCAGGGUCAGGAAGGUCAACAGCCCAGACAUAACGGAGCUGCUGUGGAAGAGUCACGCAGCCUGGAUGGGAAGAGGAGACCUGGAGGAGCUGGAACUCGAGAAGUUCACAACAAGCUGGAAAAGAACAGGCGAGCACAUCUGAAAGAAUGCUUUGAGACCCUCAAGAGGAACGUUCCUAAUGUGGAUGAAAAGAAAACUUCCAAUCUGAGUGUCUUGAGGAGUGCGCUCCGCUACAUCCAGACUUUGAAGCGGAAAGAAAAGGAGUACGAGCAUGAGAUGGAGCGCUUGGCACGGGAGAAGAUCGCCACUCAGCAAAGACUCGCCGAGCUGAAGAAUGAGCUGAGCCAGUGUAUAGACAUCAUGGAGAUCGACAGGAUACUCCGACAGACUGUUCAACCGGAAGAUGAUCAGGCCUCCACAUCAACAGCAUCAGAGGGUGAAGACAACUUCGACCAAGAUGUAGAUGAUGACAUGCUCUCCUCCCCGCCCUCGUCUUCUGCGGCCAAACCGUCUGCACCGGCGCUGUCAGAGCCCCGCGCUGCCAUGCCUCCACCCUCCAUUCUCACCACGCAUAUCGCCAUACAUCACAAACCCACCACACCACCCAAUCAACCCCAGCCCACCGUGGUCACCCCUCAAGCCAUCGCCCCUGCGCCCCCUUCCCACAUCGUUUCCCCUCCUCAGCCAACGGUCAUCACCCACGCAUCCGUAUCGCAUGCGUCCGUCAUCCAAGCUGUCAACCACGUCAUCCCAGCUGGGCCCAAACAUCUGGCGCACAUUGCGCCCUCUAGUGGCGGCCAACCUAUCGGACACAUCACCGUGCAUCCUGUGGCCCACCUCCCCGCCGCAAUCUACCCGCAGUCGGUGACCGUCUCGCAGGCGACGAUGGUGGGCCACAUCACACACACGUUGGCGCACCACCCUCACACUCACGCCCAUGUAAAUGGCACGCCGGUCACAGGCCAGCAAGCCACCAUGGUGGGGAAGCCAACGGCUGUGGUCGCUCACCAUCACACCGGGCUGGUGGGCCAGACGGUGCUCAAUCCGGUGACUAUGGUGACUGUUCCUCCUUUUCCCGUCAGCACACUAAAGCUGGCCUGAAGAAAAGAGAGGCUGCACAGAACGACUUCCAUGAAUGGAGAGCAAGAGAGACUAAAGACGAAGAGCUUAAAGGACGACUAGAUCCUGUUCAGAAAAUCACUACUGUCGCUCCUGCACGCUGGGACCUUGUCAGGAUCAGAGCGUGUCCUCUUUCGCUUGUAGAAGGGGCUUGCGUGUCUUUUGCCAUGCAGCGCUGGAAUGAAAUUUGUGUAAUGCACUUGCUUAACUAAAUCUGAAGACAUUGGUCAGUCUUUAGUAAUGUGAGAGUGCUAAACAAAUCAGUUCUUCUCUUUCCCUCAUGUCCUUCUUUCUUGUGUGCAAAUUAUCUCACACUUUACAUUCACUUACCAAAAAAACUCUUUAUUUAAAAAAAACGAGUGCUUAAAGGUCAGUACUGAAAGCAUGCAGACAAACGUUUACUGUGUAACUAUAUUUAAGGGUCUUUUAAAACUCUUCAUACGGGGCUUUUGACUAAAACAAACAAACAAACAGGUACAUCCAGACUGAGGACAGGUUUCUCAGUGUCUUUGUACUUGCGAGCAAAUGUAAGUAAGUGCCUCAGUCCCAAUUCAAGCCCAGUGGCGCCACCUGCUGCCUACGCAGUGCAACAACAACACUGCUGAAUAUGAAGCGCAUGCGCAUUAGACUGCCAGGACCUGACCUACAAUCACAGACACCGCAAUUAAAGUCUUAAAAAAAGUGUCCGAGCGAAUGGGUUGUUAGUAAACUCAAUUAAUAUACAAGUCAACAUCUAAAAAACACAUGUAUUUUAAAGUACAUUUAUAAAAAGUGCUCAGAUAUUUAACUUAAUAAUACUUCGUUAUACUUGAUUAACGUUUCAAAUGAUUAAAAACGUUACUUACGGCGUGUGAUAGUCGGGCAUUAGUCAAAUCAGCAGUUACUGAUGUUCUCGUGCUUGUAGCAAGCAAAAGGAUGAAAAACGUCGAAAGAAGUCUUAAAAUAGUUAACGUGAAUGAAUCUCUGGCGCCUCACCGCGCGCGGGCGCACGUUCCUCGGUGGCGUCAUCGGUGCUGUUGUGUGUCCAUUCUACGGUCAUCGGCGCACAGUCACAGUCGUGAAAUAAUCGCUUGUUAAUAAGCAUUUUAGGAGGUUAAAACAUGCUGUUUUCGGUUUCACUGACAUCAAUAGCAGUGCUUCUCUUAAACCGGCCUGUCAUUCUCAAUGCACUCGCUUGAUUGACCCCGCACAGUUAACCCAUGUGAACCUAAUGGUUUUCUGUCGAUGGUUAGGUACACCACGUUGUUUUCUUUUUUACUGUCACUUUCAAACGGAACACUGUGAUUCAUGCUCUUAACAUCCUCUUUCUGCUGCAAAAAAAAUUGAGGUUUGAAUUUUCUGUUUGACUUCCUUUUAAUUUUGGGGGGGAUGUGAAGAUGGAAUAAUACAUGCUGUGCUUCACACUCAAAAAACACAAAAAAUAGCCUAAACUUUGUGAAAUUACUAGUGUGUUUCGUUUUCCAUUUUUUUAAAUAUAUGUGUAUGGAUGUAUGUAUAUUUGUGAGGUAUGUGCAUGCAUUCACAUACGUGUAUGUAUUUUAGGAUUAUACUGAUGCCUGGUUUUGCAUGUAGAUUGCUGUUUUUGUUUGUUUGUUUAAAUGUUAAUCCCUCCCCUUUUUUCAUUUUUUUUGGGACCAUGUAUCAUUCUGUAUGAUGUGGGCGGGACCGUUAGACCUCAUUCUACAUUGAUAUUAUAUAUGAAUAUAUGAAAACUGUGCAUUUUUCCCUAUGGAGAAAGUUUAAGUUAUAUAUCGCCUGUACAUUUUGGGCUGCAUUAAGAUCGAAUUGUCCACCAUGUUUAACUAAAAUAGUAAUAAAACGUAUUAAAAUAUGCUAGAUUACUAAAAAACAAAACAAAACAAAAACAUUGACGAUUCAUAAUAAAUCUUAUGACAUUUACAA